CCCGCGCGGGUCGUCCGGCCUCAAUCCCUUCUGCGGAACCUGCCGGGGCGGGCGCAAGACGAGCGCGGUCCGGCCCUGAUAGGCGGGGCCGCGUUGAGUGACGGCCCGGCCCCGCCUUCCGGUUGAGGGACCCGGGGAUGGCGGGGGUGGGGAUGCAGUUCUGCACCAAGUGCCUCAGGCCUGCUUUGUUAGAAUGAAGCACAUCAACUUGUCGUUCGCGGCGUGUGGGUUUCUGGGCAUUUACCACCUGGGGGCAGCAUCCGCACUUUGCAAACAUGGCAAAAAGCUCCUGAAGGAUGUCAAGGCCUUUGCCGGUGCUUCUGCGGGAUCCUUGGUUGCUUCUGUCCUGCUAACAGCGCCACAAAAAAUAGAGGAAUGUAACGAGUUUACCUACAAUUUUGCCGAAGAAACCCGGAGGCAGUCUCUCGGGGCAGGGACGCCUGGCUAUGAUUUCAUGGCCCGAUUGAGGAGCGGAGUGGAGGCCAUUCUCCCUCCCGACGCGCACGAGCUGGCUCACAACCGCCUGCACGUCUCCAUCACCAACACCAAGACCAGAGACAACUGCUUAGUCUCCAGCUUUCCCUCCAGGGAGGACCUGGUCCAGGUCCUGUUGGCCAGCAGCUUUGUGCCCAUUUAUGCAGGGCUGAAACCAGUGGAAUACAAAGGGCAGAAGUGGGUGGAUGGAGGCCUCACCAACAGCCUGCCCAUCCUGCCUGUAGGCCGGACAGUGACCAUCUCACCAUUCAGUGGGCGACUGGACAUCUCCCCGCAGGACAAAGGGCAGCUGGGUUUCUAUGUUAACAUCACCAACCAGGACAUACUGCCAGGUAGUUUCCGCAAACCACAAAAUAUUAAACACAUGAUCUUAGUGACCAUUUGCUUAGCACCCGCUGUAAUGAAGAUGCGCAGAAGGAAAACCGUUACUUGAUGGCCUAAUUCUUGCGGAGAAUCUGGAUUGUAAAGAGCUACGUGGACUCACUCUUCAUGGGCAUAUUCUUAUUCAAUAUCCCCGAAGAACAGAUGUUUAAACCCCUGGCAUUCAGAUGAGCUCAUACUGAAACAACAGGGUUUCUUUCACCCAGGCAAAUGUGGUAUGAUAAUGGCAAGUAUUGUUUAUCUCAUCAACGACUGAAUUUUCAGAAGGGUUACUUAUUUAAAACCCUUUCAGGCCUUUUAUCCACCAACUGGACUUCUAGAAAAUGCGAAAAUUGUCAGAUAAAUACUCAACGUGCAUACUGAGGGAUUUAGGAACGAUUUGUUUAUAAUAAUAAGCAUCAAAGGAAGCUCACGUAUAACAGGCGAUGCUUGUAAAACAGCCGUUGACACCGAUGCCUCCGUCCUGAGGCAUCAGCAGGGUCACCUCGUCAUCCCCACGGGGUAGGUGUGGCCGUCUCUGUCUGCCACAGAAAACGCUUGGGGGUGGGGGCCUUUCAGAGUGGAUAACACAUGUGCUUCUCGUUACAAAGCAAAGUGACCGUCCGAGACGUUGAAUCCAGGCUCCCUAACGCCCUCCCUCGCGCUACUGUGUAACUGAGAAUAAGCAAACAGAGCGGAUGAUUCAGACAGUACACAGAUACUAUGAGGCUCACUGACAUACAGGUAGGUCGGUGGCGUCUGCCCAUAAACGCACAGGAGACAUCCUUGCAGAGAGCUAUCAGGUGUCACACAGGUACCCUCUAAUAACUGCUGGUCCCUCCUUGUUCCAACAUGUGCAGUCUCACUUGUCUACUAGAAACAUGUUAUAUAUGUUUUUUUAAAUUUCAUAAAGAAAAGGAAAACUGAAUGAGUAUAAGCCCAAGAAAUUAGUAUUUGAAUCAAUCCGUAAAUAGACAAAACUCUGUGAAAUUUAAUAAUGAAAAGCCAUGAACAAAGGCAGAGGAAAUCAGUAAAAUGAGGCAUGAGGAACUGAAUAUGGUAGACACAGAGAAGAGAGGAAAGAUUUAUGCGGCGAUAUGAUGUGCAAAUCCCUACAGAUGAAUUGAAAAAUUUUGGAGAAGAGGGGAAUAUCCUUGAAAAAUAUAAAUGACCCAAAUUAAGAAUUUUAGAGGAAAUUGGAAAUCUGUAUAAAGCAAUGAAAGUGUAAAAAAGAAAAAAAGGAAAUAAAGCCAAAAACCAAAAAAGAAAUGAUAGUCAAGACUCUGGGGUCACAUAGCUUUACUGAUGAGUUUUUGAGUUUAUUCAGCUCAAACAAUAAAAUCAAUCCCAUGCAUAUGUGUACACACACACACACACACAAGAUGGGGAAUCCAUUGUAUUAUCAAAUGUUUGCAUAACUCUGAUGGGAAAAUCUGAUGAAUACAGUGGAAAGAAAAGCAGAGUUCAAAGCAGCACAUUCAACUCUUAAAGACUUCCUUUUAAAUCUUUUUCAGAGAACUAAAAUGUAGAACAGCUAAAAAUGGAGCUGUUCCAGUUGGAAAGGGAGAGAGAAGGCAGGGUAGCAAGUGGAACCUCCCCUCCUGUUCUCAGUUGCUUGACACAACCUCUGCCCUCAGUCCAUCCACACUGUCUGUUCUGCACCUUCAAUCCGUCUCUAGCUGGAGAAAACUCCCAGUCCAGCAGGAUGGGCUGUUUAAACCCCAGAUCAUUAACCUCCAGGGUCCCGAGUUCAUUCACCUGCCCACGUACCUAGAACACUCAGUCAUCAAAACUGGUUUCACGGUAGAGUCAUCUGGGUAGCUGUAAAGAAUAUUGAUGC